CUACAGCUGUGCCGCUUCACUGCUCCCGUCCCCCACCUGGCCGUGUACUCAGGCAUGAGUGACCCCCCGUCAGCCAGCACCCCUCCCCUCCUCCCCCACACCCCUGCCUGUCCCUCUCCAAUCAGUGUGGCCAUAGACAGCACCCCUGGGCCGGAACACAGGCAGGCGGGGGGGGAGGCCGAGGGCGAGGCCAGGCCUGGGGGGGUUGGGGGCGUGUCUCGAACCCGAGUGGCCAUUUCAUUGGGCCGCUUGCUUCGACGGGGUUGCACUCCAUCCACUGUGUUUGCCAGCCUGUCUCCCAAAUGUCCUGCCCCCGCUGGGAUGACAAGCCGUGUCCAGCCAAUCAGCACAGCCCGGCCGAGCCAGGCCCCACCCCGACGCAUUGCUAACUUCUUCCAGAUCAAGGUGGACAUCCCCCCUGAGUGUCGCAUCUAUCCCAUCGACUCUGAGGACGAGGACGAGGAGAGUGGCCCGGCCUCCCGGGGAGGAGGAGUCAAAGAAAUAAUCUGUCCGUGGGAAAGCCUCACCCCCCAGGAUGGCACUGGGUAA